AUGGUGCCUUCGCGUUCUUGUGCCGUCGGAAAGGAUGGCUUUCGGUUGCGUGGGCUCACUGGCCAGCUUUCUGCUCUCGGACGGCAAAAGCGUUGGGAGGAGGCACUGAGUCUGCUUUUGUUGGAGCAGGAGGCGUCCAUCCGGGCGGAUGUCGUCGCCUUCACUGCCCUAGUACGGGCCUGUGGCAGGGCCCCGGCUAAGGCAUGGCCAGCCGCCAUCGCCACGCUCUGUAACAUGGAGGACCGGGCUGUGGCACCGGACGUGAUGAGCCUAGGAGCCGGAAUCGAUGCCUGCGCCAAAGCCAGUCGUUGGCUGCCGUCCUGCAUCCUGUUGCAAAGAUUGCGGACUUGGGCCUGCGAAGCAAACGUCAUCGUUUUCAACAGUGCGAUCACUGCAUGUCAGCGGAGCUCUGAGUGGGCUGCUGCCUUUCGACACCUUGGGCUCAUGGGCUGCAGUGCCAUGCAGCCGGACGUCAUCACGCAGAAUUCCCUGAUCACGUCCUGUGGCAGCGGCACCCGCCUAGGAGAAUCUCUUUGGGACGAUGCCUUGGAGCUCUUCCAGAGCUUCCACGGUUUACAGCGGAGCCUUGUGACGCUGAACGCUGUUGGCGCCGUUUUCCGUCGUGAGCGUUGGGAGAUGGUUUUCGACACCUUCAUGAUCCUGGGUCAGCGAGGCAUGCAGCCGGACACCGUGUCGUCGGGGACGCUGGUGACUGCCUGCGUCAGUGGCACACACUGGCAGCGCGUCUUGCAGCAGCGGAUGCUACAUGGUACCGGCCUUGUCACUCUGAAUGCAGCGAUCUCAUGCGAAGGCUGGCGUGAGUCAUUAUUUUUGGCCCAGCAGGCAGCCACCGGGGAGUUCGGCUGCCAUGUGGACACGAUCACCUUCAACACAGCUGCGAGUGUCUGCGAGAAGGCACACCGUUGGGAGGAGGCUAUGCUCUUGCUUGAAGCUCCGCACGAUUUCAGGUUGAGCCCAGAUGCCUGUACUUACAAUGCAGCGCUGAGUGCGUGCGAGAAGUGCAGCCAAUGGGAGAAGGCUCUGCAAAUUCUGUUUCGCAUGACGGACAAGAGGGUCAGCCCAGAUACAAUUUCUUACAAUGCUGCAAUAGCGGCGUGUGAGUCAUCAUGGGAGAGUGCUUUGGCACUCAUGCAGGCCAUGCAGGCUGGGCGCAUGGCCCCGGACCAGAUCAGCUAUCACAGUGCUAUCGGAGUAUGCACAGCCAGCCAGCAGUGGGAAACAGCCUUGUGUUUGUGCCGGAGCAUGCACCGAGAGAGCAUCCGCAUAGAUUCAAUCUCUGUUAGCUUGGAGAUGAGUGCCCAGGAGAAGGGGCGGAGAUGGCAACAUGCACUCAGUGCAUGUCGCAGUAUGGAUCUGAUGGGAUUGCAAAACAACCACUUCACCUACGGUGCCACGUUGAGCGCUUGCAAAGGUCAGUGGCAUGUGGCCUUGACCCUGCUGGAGGACCUAAUUUCACUCCCAGGGAUUCCGCACCUAAAUGAGUCAGUCGGCUUCGGUUCCAAACGGGUAUAA